AUGGAGACUACUAGCAAAUCUCAGCAGUUCCGCUUACCCAUAUCUAAGAGUUUUUCUUUUAUCAUCCCCGAUAAGUGGAAGACUAAUCCAGCUGUCCUUCGCUGGAUUGAUAACGUUCCUGGUCCCGCCAAACGAGAGGAGUUCCCAGGACCUGCGCGCAUUCAAACCCCCAAACGCGCCUUGGAAACUCCCGAUAUUGACGACAGUCGGGACGACGAUAGCUACCACACUAAGCGAACGAAAAUGGUUUCCUCCCUAAGUACCUACAAGGAUGCCAACAACAGACGUGCAAGCAUCGCUUCUUAUGGUCAUGGCCUUAUUCGCCGAGCCUCCAAUAUAUGUCGCCAAGUCAUUAACCCCGAGAAAUCCCAAGAGACCCUCGAAGGCUCUACCGUUCGCGGAUCGCUUUCAUUGCCUGUAUCACCCGCCACCCUCGUUGAGCGUCCUCGCAUGAGAUUCGUCUUUGUUGGAGAUUCUGGCUGUGGAAAGUCGAACUUGUUACUUCGUUACUACCGCGAUGCGUUUAAUCCAGCACAUAUCAGAACCCAUUAUGAGCUGUUCAACAAGGUCGCCACUGUAGACGGACAGGAUGUGGACCUUGAGCUCUGGGACACAUCUGGCGAUAUCUCACUUCACCAGCUCCAACUCCUUUCCUACCUCGCGUGGGACGCCGUAUUCCUGUGCUUCAGCAUGGAGAACAUCGCGCGCUUUAAGACUGUCCAGAAGAAGUGGAUGGACGAGAUCUCCAAGUACUGUGGCGAUAUUCCGUUCAUUUUGCUUGGCCUGAAGAAAGAUACAUUCACUGGCCGCAACAUGAGGGCCCCUUUCCAUCCGGACUUGAAUAUUCCAGUUUCAAGCACCCAGGACUCCUCUGGGGCGAUGAUCGUGCGGGGGAUCAAGUACAUGGAAUGCUCAGCAAAAACCGGCGAGAACGUGAACCGCGUGUUUGAGGAGGCUGUUCGGAUGGUGGUAUAUGAGCGAGAGGAACAAGAGGCACUUGCCCGAAUUCGUCAGAAGUAUGGCGAAUCGGAAUCUACAGGUUUGAGCUUAAAGACAUGUUUUAAGUAA